AUAAUUAAAGCUAAGUUAAAGUAAGCGAGAACCCUAAUCAAGGCAUCUAGGUGAGAGAUUAAUAUUUUUAGAGAUUGGACAAAACGAAAACGUAUAAGUUAAGCGUUAAAGAUUUAUAAUCGCGUGAGAUUUCAAAUCAACCAUAAAUAAUACGAUCAAUUAAUACGUACGGACACAUGUGCUAUUAAGUAUGACUACGUAAGAUUAUGUGUUAAUUACAUUGUUCCAUUUUAAGAUGCCACUCGCCACGUGGCGAACUCUGGUCCAUGGGAUGAGAACAAGAAAGCUUGAAACGGUGGAUCAUCCCCCGUGAGUUUGAAACUCAGAGUCAGGGGAGAGUGGGAGAGAGAGAGAGAAAGUCUUUGUUUAAUGAUAUUUACUUUCAUAAGGACAUAAAAAAAAAUUUUGGGGUGAAAUAUGUUAAGAACUUUUUUUUUGUUCACUCAUAAGGACAUAACUAGAAGCGUUUUCUUCAGACAAAGCCGAAGUGAGAAGAGGAAAGAAAAGUUUUUCACUUUGGUUUCAUAGAAUCUUCAAAAGCCCAAAUCAGAGUGUUAGAGAGAGAGAGAGAGACUUAAAUUCUGGGGAUGAGCAGAGCAGAAGAAAGAGAAAGCUCAAAGCCCCACGGCGGCUUGCAGAAAAUCAAUAUAUAGAAUACUAAUAAAGAUUUUAUAAACAGACAGCUUAAAUUCUUCUUUCUUUCUUCUCUUUUGUUUCUUCUUCUUACUUUCUCUCACUUCAACUACCUCACUACACACUUUUUUGUUUUGUUCCGAGAGAGAAAGAGAUCUUGGAAAGCAUUGGAAUUUUGAUUGGAAGAGCAAGCAAUACCCACGAGUGAUAAUUAGAAGAAGACAAGAGUCUUAAGGAUGUCAUGGUAAUUAGGGUUUUUGUUGUAUGUAAACUAUUGGGUCAAGAUUAGGGUUUAAAGUGUUAGGUAUUAGAAAAUGUCUGGGAUGUUUUCAUUAGGAGGAAACAACAACAACAACAACAACGGAUACGAAGAAGAAGAAAAUCAACAACAACAAAAUACAAAUUGGGCUUGGUAUAGAUCAAAUACAAACACCAAUAAUAUUACCCCAGGCUCGAGCCAGUGGCAGAUUCCACCAGAGCAGCAGCUUCUCAUGCAUCAUCAUCAGUCACAACCACAGCAACAAAGCCUGGAUCUUUAUCCAGGUCAUCAGAUCGACGUCUCUGAUGUAGCCACAUCAUCAAGAUCCAUCACCAUAAGCUGUCGGGACUGUGGGAACCAAGCCAAGAAAGAUUGCACUCACAUGCGUUGUAGGACUUGCUGUAAGAGCCGUGGCUUCGAUUGUUCCACUCAUGUGAGGAGCACGUGGAUCCCCGUUGCCAGACGCCGUGAGAGACAACAGCAGGUUCAGAUAUCCACAUCUGGAGGCAGCGGCAAUGGAGGCGGCGGUUCGAGUAUCGCUAAACGUCAUAGGGAUACUACUCGUCCGGGAACAUCCUCCUUUCGCUCGCCAUCCGACUCAGCAGGGUUAGAAAUGGGGGAGGCAAGUUUUCCGCCGGAAGUGAGCUCGGAUGCGCUUUUCCAGUGUGUAAAAAUGAGCGGCGUAGACGACGGAGAAGAUGAUGGUCAAUACGCCUAUCAAACGACAGUGAACAUCGGAGGUCAUCUCUUCAAAGGGAUUCUAUAUGACCAAGGCCCUGAAAGCAGCUACGUGAGUGGUGGUAGUGGCGGAAGCGAUCAUCAAAGCUCAUCUGCAGGUGGUGGAAAUCCAAUUAAUACUCCGGCAAUGGCUGACGGUGGAGGAGGAUCGUCGACGAUGUUUGUAGAUCCUAAUUCGAGUGGUUACUAUUCCAGUAACAUGGCGACUAUGUUCGUGCCACCAGGUACGCAAUUCUAUCAAAACCCACCAAGAUCUUAAAUAAUCAAGAACUCGAGUUUAAAAAAUAAAAAUAUAUAGUAAUGUGUUGUUUUGUGAUUUUUUAUCAAUCAUAUACUACAUGGACGAUACUGCAAAUCGGUUCAACAUCUGCAUGUUUGUUUAUUUGUAAUGUGUUUAGUUUUAUAUUUCAACUGUACGGUAAUGGAUAUUUUUUUUAUAAAUGUUGAGUAUUCGUGGUUUAUGAAACAUGUAAUUUUUUUGGUUCUCGAUACGUUUUUCCUUCCAUGUUUAUGCCGAUAUUGCCGGUUGGAUAAACACGAGAGAUUCUUUAUGUUAUAAUAUUGAAUAAAUUUAAUAUUUUCAUAAGGUAGACUGGAGUCUAUCUAAAUUUAAAGGUAAACUAACUAAAGUAAAUUAAAUAAUGAUAACGACAGGAAAGCAAAUGAGGGCAAAUAUUUUCAAAAUAUAAGUUACGAUUAUCGUACUGGCCGGUCCUAUAUAUCGUCAAUUCGUCUUUCAGUGUUCUUGUUCGCAAUAAAUUGGUGUUUGAAAAUUUAUAAAAAGGGAAGAAUAUGUAUAUAUGAUAAUUAAUAUUCUAGCUAAUUUCAUAGACAAUAUAGGGAACAACUCGUGGAUUUAUAUAAAUUCUUCUUGCAUCACGUGCCUAUGGUUAGAGCAGUGCUGGUGAAUAAAACAAGGCAAUUAGUUUUAGAGUUUAUUUAUGUAUUAUUCUUAAUCAUAAGAUUUAAUGAGAGCUCCUAAUUAUAAGUUAAACUAGCUAGUGUUACUAACUUUAGAUUAUACAAGACACUAAAUAAUAUAUCGGAUUACAAAACAAAGACAUGAAGAUUUUUUUUCUUUGAGACGUUCUGACGCCAAUGAUUUUAUCAUUACAAAAAUAUUAUAGUUACUGAACCAAAAAUAACUUCUUUUACAUUAUAUUAUUUUCGUCUAAGAAACAUCCGCCAUAAGAUGUGCAUAAAUAUCGCGAAAUCAUCUGUUAAAAAAAUUCACGAAAUUCCGUUCAGUGAUAGAAGAAUAGAAGCUAUUAGUUAGGUGUUCAAAAAACAAAGCUAUUAGUUUAUUUUUUAUUAGUAUAAAGACUCAUUCAUCGAUUUUGUAAGCGUUUCUUUGUUAAUUUAAUUACGCACAGAUAUUCACCCGAAGUUAGGAAACCAUAACAAUAUAAGUAGCCGAUUUAAUCCUAUUUUUAGGAAAAUAGACAUGUAUAUGAUGUGUUAAAAAAAAAAAAAAAAAAAAAGACAUGUAUAUAUGUAACAAUGCAUACAAAUCCUUAUAUAGUGUCACUUUAUUAACCAAACACUAAAGAAAGGGAAACAAAGAAACGAUUAGAUCACCUCAAGUUCACGUAGUUUAGGCUGUGGAGCGUACCUUGUCUGACAAGUCACCCAUGCUCCUUGAUUGUGAACUCUCCAAGAGUGAAGGACACAACUAAAAGAGAUAUGGUUUCUGGUUGGAUUUGAGUUCAAGAAGAUACAUAUAAGACAUGACGAGAGAGAGAGAGAGAGAGAGAAGUAAAGAUGAAAUUAAUAAUAAUGAGGAAUGUUGCAGAGAUUGGAUAUGAGGAGGGGCAAGUAAGGGGACGUACCAACCAACCAAGAAAAAGAAGAAGCUAGCUAGGGUUUUGGUAGAGCUCUUUACUUAGGGUGGGGAUGAAAGAAACUGGCUCAGUGAUGCAGUAACCUAUAAUUGUGGUGUGUGCCCAUACUUUUCAUCAGCUUUUUUCUUCUUUUUUUCUUUGGACAAGACUCGUAUACUUUACUCACAUAUACACGACCCUAUGUAGGUAUAUUACUGUGUAUUUGUAUAUAUACAGGUAUACGGUUGAGUGGUCCAUUUAUUAAUAGUUAAAUACCAAUAUUUCUAGAUGGAUAUUGAGUAUUGAAGUAUCACAUUAUUCAUAUAUUUUCUUGUAAAAUGGUUCAUCCAAGUAUAUUAUUUCACUCAUUAACCAAGAAGUAUAAUUCCACUACUAUCUAAUUCGCCACUGCCUAUAUUGUUUGAAUAGCGGCUAUCUUGCAAUCAGAAUUUCGUAAUACUGAUAUAUAUUUUUUUCGUUAAAUUUACUUUUAACCGGGUUUACUCAGAAUAUAUCACGGUAGAAAUAUAUUAGAUGUGAACAAAUUACUAUAUAUAAUAUCCCAAUCUUGAAUAACAGUUCAAUCAAACUUAUUUGGUGAAGAUAUGAAAAUCAAAGCUUGAAUGACAGUUGAAUCAAACUUAUUAGGUGAAGACAUGAAAAUCAAACAUAAAGUCAUAUGGAUCAAUCUCAUAUAUAUGUGUAUAAUGUGUGUGUGCGUGUGCCUCUCUUCCUCAUUCCCUGACUUUAUUUUUUAAGACCAAGCAUAAA